AUGUUGGAUAAAUCAAGCGGUUACUGUUCAUUGGAUUACGAUGUACCGGUCACAAGACCCACCAAAAUUAAUAAGAAACUCUAUGCCAAAGCUCUGUACGACAAUGCGGCUGACUCACCCGAUGAAUUGGCCUUUCGCAAGGGCGACAUAUUGGCCGUUUUGGAACAGGACACUGAUGGCUUAGUCGGUUGGUGGUUGUGUACAUUACGCGGCCGUCAGGGUCUUUGUCCUGGUAAUCGUUUAAGAAUUUUAAAUUCAUACGAUUCCGGUUGUUUCUCCCCCUCACCAUCCUCUUCACCCUGUCCCUCACUGGCAGCCAGUACAGCCACCCUAAACAGCUCGAUCUGCUCAGCGGAUAUCUAUGAGAAUACAUCGAUACUGAGUGGUUCCGGUAGCAGUGGCAUCAGUUCGAAUUGUAGCAGUGGGCCAAGUGUUGGUGGCGGUGGCCACGGAGGUAAUGGUAUUAGUGCCAGUCAAACACAACUGAAUACAACAACAAACACAUCGUCGUCAUCAUCAUCAUCAUCGGCCACAAAUUUGCAGCAACGACAUGGCACACGAAGGUCAUGGCAUGUGUCACCCAACAAGGUCAUUACACCACAACGGCAUGGUGAUGUAUAUAUCUACAAUAUACCCCAGCAACAAUUGCACCAACAACAGCAGCAACAACACCAUCACCAUUUGUCACAGUCACAAUCCCAUAUCCAGCAGCAGCACCACCACCACCAACAAAUCUACCAAAAUCUUCCCAAUCGCUCAUUAAGUCACGAAUUCGACACCUACGACAUACCCAAACCCGCUGUACCCGUUAAUUACGACACACCGCGCAACAUUCAGCGUAACAUGGCCCACUUGCAUGCUGCCGCCAUGAAAGCCGCCUGCUCCACUCCAAUUCAGGAAGAAAAUUAUGAUGUGCCAAGACCAUUGAAUUCGUUGCUGCAACAUCAGCAUACCCUGACACCGAGCAGUUCGAACUCCUCACUGCUGACCAGUGACAGCUUGUCGUUGUCAUUUUCAUCAUCGAAUCGUUCAUCGUUGGCGAAUAUGCCCGAUUAUGAUAUACCGCGUCGUAAUCCGUUGCCGGUGAGAGCAGUGCUGCAACAGCAGCAGCAACAACAACAGCAGAGACCCUCAUCGAGAGCCUCGGUGAAUGGUAAUUGUUCGACCUAUGAUUUCCCCAUCGCGACAAAUGGUGUGGAUAAAAAUGCCACCGUUACCAAAGAGCUACCACUGGAAUUGUCCUCGGCAUUGGAAACUCUGGCCAAACUGCAAUCGGAAACGACAACGGCAAUAACCAGACUUCUGGCCUUUGUCUCACCCGACUGGCGUAGCCGUGAAAAAUUUGAACCUGUCCUUAUGGAGGUGAAAUUGGCCGCAGUACGUCUGCGUACCGCCCUACAUGAUUUGGCGGAGUUUGGUGAGGGUGCCUUGGGCAAUGCCUCCAAAUCUGAGGAUCGUACGCUGGCACAAAAACUAAAACCCAUUAUUCGGGCACUGCGGGAUGCCAAUAAAUUGGUGCAAGAAUCCUGUGAAGUUCUGGAGGCCAACGGUGGUUGGUCCUUAGAUCAAUUGGUGCGUAACGAUGACAAGGGAACGUGUAAAUCUCCCGAUAGCUUAGAUCGCCUUAUAGCCUGUGCUCAAACCCUCACCGAAGAUGUUCGGUCCACAACUUCGUUUAUUCAAGGCAAUGCUUCGUUGCUGUUCAAAAGGCAAUUGAAUGAGGUGAUCGAGGAAUCAUCGGCCAUUAAUCAAACGUCAACUUCGGUGCCUCACACACCCACCGCCAAUGAUCCGACAGAUCACAGCCAUGCUGACUGGUUGGAGGAUUACGAUUAUGUCUCGUUCGAAUCGAAAGAGGCAGCGGCAAGGAAAAAUUCCUCACUACGUGAAAAUAUUCAGGAUAAUUUGAAAAAUAAAUUCGACACGGAAUUGAAAAUAGCUGAGAACACUGUCCUGACCAUGGCCAAUAAUGCCCAGCAGACGACACCUUCCACGCCCAGUAAUGGGAAAAAGUUGCAAACGGAAAUGACCGACAAGGAUAAAAUGUUGGUACGCUAUUAUGCAGUGCAAAUCUCCACCCACAUGGGUAAUCUGCGCCAGGCCAUUGACUCCUUCCUCGAGACAGUGGAGAAAAAUCAACCACCCAAAUUUUUCAUUGCCUAUGGGAAAUUUGUGGUGGUGAGUGCUCACAAUUUGGUCACCAUUGGUGACAUUGUUCAUCGCAACGUUUCCAAAAUCGAUUUGAAAGAGAAAAUCCUCCGAUGUACCAAUAAUCUGGCGGAGGCCUUAAAAACCUGUGUACUAAAAUCCAAACAGGCAGCUGCUCAUUUUCCCAGUGUAACAGCUGUUCAGGAAAUGGUCGAUUCCGUGGUGGAUAUCAGCCAUUUGGCUUCGGAUUUGAAAACCGUGAUGUUGCAUGCCGUGCAAUUGACAACUUAA